AUGUCGUUAGCUAUCGCAGAGGUUUACACGGUGAGGGAGUUUCACAGGGAGAGUAUGAAGAAACAUGCCAAAACUGCCGUUACCGGCCAGGGAGAUGAAAAGAUCGUCGGAGGUGGGCUCCGGGAGGUCAUGAAUACGCCGGAGAAACAGAAUUUGGCUACAAGAUUCGGUCGGUGGUUCUUUGGAAAGCCAAAGAAAAGCUCGGCUAAAGUUUCGGAUCCCAUGACGAUUGAGUGA